GCUCGUAGCACUGUAAGUGGAUGAUGUCACCCGCCGCGCGCUGGUUUUUUGCUCCACCUCCGUUGAGCGGGUAUACCGCUCAUUUGUUUUUCUUCGGCGCCGCGUUUGCCCCCACGCUCCUGUCCCUGCUUGUCUCCCCCGCCUCCGCAGAAGACCUACCUCGCACGAUCCAGUACGACGAUCCGGCACUUCUAGAAAAACACGCCUUCGCUGACCUAAAACUUACGAAAAACUCCAUCUGGCCACUGCCUACAUCAAACCCCGACGGAACAGCCGCGCCCUCCCUUGACCCCGAGCAGGACGACCAGACGGCCGUUUGUGACAGCGCCGAAGACCAAUACCUCCCAGGAUUCUCCUUUCAAUGGCGAUUUCACUUUCCGAAAGACCUGUUGCGUGAUUCUAGCAACACGGAGACGGACCUUCUUCAAAAAGAGCAUUUGUUGAAGAAAAAACUCCACGAAACGCUAACCCCCACCCUAGCGGAAGUCGAGCAGGAAAUUUUUGGCCGCCACAAGUCGAAGCAUGAGGCGGCGUUUCAAGGGAAAAAGGUUUUGCUCGAUGUUUACUUCGAAAAGGAACAUAUUUUUGACGUGGACGGGGAACCGGAACCAACGAAAUCAUUAUCAACGGCCGACGGUUCGUUUUUGGAUGCUGUCUGGGGCCCCGUGGGAAAAAACAUCGAUUUGGAGACAGAACAAAAUUCCGCGGACCAUUCUUUAGACAAAGAAACCUACUCUCUAGAAAUCGUUCCAAGAACAACCACUACUACAGAAAGCGAAGACAAUUACAAUGCUGCCGCAUCCUCUUCUUCUCCUAUGCAGAUCCUUAUCACUGCGAGACACCGCGUAGGGCUUCUCCAUGCCCUCUCCUCCCUCCAGCAGCUCAUCAAAUUCGACUUCAAGACCCAGCUGUAUUACCUACCAAAAGCCUGUAAGAUCCAAAACGACAAGCCGAAAUUUCCCUACCGGGGUUUGAUGAUUGACACGGCGAGGCAUUUCCUACCCAUACAACUGAUCAAACGAGCGAUAAAAGCCAUGCGGUAUUUGAAACUCAACGUGUUGCAUUGGCACAUGACGGAAGAUUCCAGCUUCCCGUUCAGUUCCGAGCUCUUUCCGGAACUCGCGGAAAAGGGCGCGUACUCGAAUUUCGAGACGUACACGAAGGAGGAUUUGAAAAACCUUGUGCACUAUGCGGACUUGAACGGCAUCACAGUCAUUCCGGAAAUCGACGUCCCCGGGCACAUUGCUAGUCUCUGGAAAUCCAGACCGGAGUUGUUCUCCUGCAAACCGAAUGCGGACACGAAAUUCCAAAAAUACGUCCCGUACCCGUUUUCCAACCUAGCGCUGAUAUGCCUUGCAAAAGUAUCGUAAUCGUAGUAAUUGCAUUUAUGCAUUACAAAUCUUUUUCGUUUUCCUAAGGUCAAUCAGCAUUACAAAUUCCAUUUCUCAUGCUGGAGGAUUUUUUAAUGCAAUUCAUACUAGUAGGCACGAUGCUUUUGCAGCUCAUAGCUGAACCCCGUGAGUGAAAGGACGUACCAGUUUUUGGAGAGAUUUCUGCUAGAGGUAGGCGAGGUGUUCGGAGGCGUUAGUGGAGAUGUUAUGCCGAAGGUGUUCCAUGUUGGUUCGGACGAAGUGCCCGAGGACUGCUGGAAAAAAUUGAUCGGGAAAAGCGUGCGGAGGAUAGAAACGGAAAAGGAACUAUUGCAGGGCGGCAGUCCUAAUAGUCUUCGCGGUGCAGGGACACAAGAAACCGGAUCAACCGCAUCUACAACUUCUAGUGCUUCGGAAUCCAUCAUGCAGAGGUCGGAAGUGGAAAACGUUUUGUCCUCGAAAAGUGACUUGAUGCAGAGAGGACAAGAUGUUACAGAAGAUGAGGAGGUGGCCCAGCUGAGACAGCAAGCAGUCAUCGACGGGGCUGCUGGAACAACUCAACCUGGAAUGAUGGUGGAUGAUGGUACAUCACAACUUCCAGCUUCAAACUACCUCGAAAAAAAAGUCGCGAAAAUUUACUCCGAUGAAUUUCUCGAAGACCAGCAACAGCAGCAAGGAGAAGCAAGGCCAACUGCAUCUAGAACAAGAACCCCACAUCAGCCUCGGCUGGACUUCCAGCUGGCCGGAGUCACUGAUUUCCAGAAGCAACUUCUCGAAGAUCAUUUCCCAGACGGCAAGAUCAGGAGCACGAGCCAGAUGUUUGACUACUUCACAGCAAGGGUGGCGGCGAUUUUGCGAGGGACAAAGGGCGGGAGGACGACAAGACUGACAGACGGUUUUUCAACGUCAGCAUCAUCCUCCGUAGUCGACCUAAAAACAACAUCGCAACCUCUUCAAAAAUCUCGCCCCAUGUUUUGGGACGAAGCUAUCAAUCACGAAAACACAAUGGCUGACCUGCAAAACCCUAUCAUAGAGGUCUGGAACUUCGGCCGGUCUGCAAUACCCAUCCUCAAACGCGGCUUCGACGUGGUUUUGGCCAGCAGCAACGUCUGGUACUUAGACCACUUAGACGUAGAGUGGAAAAACAUCUACUUUGGCCCGAUAUCCCGGAAAAAACACCAAUCCCCAUCCAUUUUUUGCAUGACAAACACUGCAAAUUAUGCAUGUUUUGCAUGACAAAUUGGAUGGGGGUGGUUAUUUUUUCCUGGAUACGCGGGAGAGCUCCACGAUCCAGAGCUGCAAGAUUAUGGGAGGCAGCGCAAGCGGGAGAAUUUGAAUUAUGGCAAGCAGUCCUCAAAAUCAAAUAUCGGCAAGGUCCUCGGCGGAGAAGCGCCCAUGUGGUCGGAGCGGGUGGACGGCAGUAACUUCUGGAUGAAGGUGGUGCCAAAGAUCGCCCUAGUCGCCGAGAGGUUGUGGAGCAACCCUAGUGCGGACUCUCAAUCCGCGGAGUCUACCGCUUGGGUGAACGCGCAGCCGCGACUGCAAAAAUUACGGUGUUUACUGAUGGAAUUAGGGGAGUACGAUCCGGGCGUGGUAAACAUGCGACUAGAGCCGACUUCUGCGCAACACAAAUUUUCCUCCGGCCCACUGGGACCCGGGAGUUGCUUUCAGAUGCCGGAAGUGGAUGAAACUUGGGCGGUGGAAAGAGGGAAAAAUUUGGCGUACGCGUUCGAAAAACCGAAUGUCGGUAGAACUUUGGGUGGAGACGACAACGACGGAAGUAGCAUCGUUGUGUCACAGCUCUUGAAGGAGCAGGAAGUGGGAACGAGUGUUAGUACAGCGGCGAAAACAGCAGUAGAUACGUCUGUAAGUAGUAGAGACGCUAUGGCAGCUAGUAUUACUGUGGUGAUAGUUCUGGAAGAGCAGGAUGACGUGAAGAUGCAAUUGACAACCAUAGAUGCGUCAAAGACGAAGAGAACAUCUUCGGCUUCAUCUCCCGGCGCGACAGACGAUUCUUCUUCUUCCUCGGUAUCCUUCUCUACGUGUCUUUUUCUCUUCGCCGUUGGCUUCUUCUGUGUGGUGCUUGCAUUCUACGCGGGCCGGAAAAGUGUGUUGUUGAACAAUCGAGGCUUCUACCACGCGCAGGGGAGCAAGCAGAGGGGAAACUUGGAAUAUUUUGGUGAUAUGCCCUUGGUAAACCCGCUGUCGCACGAGGAUUGAGGACGGUUGUUGGAGCGGAGGAUGGAUGUUUGUGAAGGCAGUAAGUGGCGAAUGAAUAUGAUCUGUGAAAUUUGAUCUCAGUGCCUCCUAUUGCUCGACUUGGAGCUCGGCAGCGCGCACUACUCAUUCGUAGUUCAUUGCUUGUGCCUGAGAAUAUUCAUGAGCAGAAUGCGUUACUAUCCUUUGGGCGAAUAAAAUUAAAACAAAGAACCCCGAACUACGAGACCUCAGCCGAAGGUUCUGCAGAGAAAGCAACGGACCGCUGUCCGUGGUUGGAGCUAAUGUUGUACAGUGCAAAACACUCAAAGCGAAAGACAAGAACCAGCGUCGCAUUACUAGGCAACAAGCCUCAACGUUCCAGAGCGCAAGAAUGCCAAAGAUGGGAAGAUGAAGACGGUGGCGCCCUGAUUAAGA